GGUGAUGUUCCCAGGUGUCUGGGAGGCAGAUAAAGAUCAAAAGCAGGGAAUUUAAUUGUUCUUAAUCAAGUACCAACUCUAUGGAUCCAGGACAGGUUUGUCCCAUGGCCUGCUCUGAACAGUGUGUUGUCUGAUAGAAGAUUCCAUUGGCAAACCAUCUCUCUGUUGCCUUACAGAACAAGCAAAGAAGAUGGAUCAAUCAAAGAGCCAUCUGACUGUGUGCUUUCUACCUUCUGUGCCCUUUUUAAUCUUAGUAUCCACUCUAGCAACUGCUAAGAGUGUGACUAACAGCACUUUAAAUGGCACUGACAUGGUCUUGGGCUCUGUGCCCGUAAUCAUUGCCAGGACUGACCAUAUCAUAGUCAAGGAAGGGAACAGUGCCUUGAUUAAUUGUAGUGUUUAUGGCAUCCCUGACCCACAAUUCAAGUGGUAUAAUUCCGUUGGCAAGCUGCUGAAAGAAGAUGAAGAUGAGAAGGAAAGAGGAGGAGGAAAAUGGCAAAUGCACAGGAGCGGCAUCCUGAACAUCACCAAGGUGUCUUUCUCAGACCGAGGUAAAUACACAUGUGUUGCUUCUAACAUCUAUGGCACCGUGAACAACACAGUGACCCUGAGAGUCAUCUUUACCUCUGGAGACAUGGGCGUCUACUACAUGGUUGUCUGCCUUGUGGCCUUCACCAUCGUCAUGGUCCUCAAUAUCACCCGCCUGUGCAUGAUGAGCAGCCACCUGAAGAAGACCGAGAAGGCCAUCAAUGAGUUCUUUAGGACAGAAGGCGCAGAGAAGCUGCAAAAGGCAUUUGAGAUUGCCAAACGGAUCCCCAUCAUCACCUCAGCCAAAACUCUAGAGCUUGCCAAAGUCACCCAGUUCAAAACCAUGGAAUUCGCCCGCUACAUUGAAGAGCUUGCCCGGAGUGUGCCUCUGCCUCCUCUCAUUAUGAACUGCAGGACGAUCAUGGAGGAGAUCAUGGAAGUGGUGGGGCUGGAGGAGCAGGGGCAGAACUUUGUGAGGCAUACUCCAGAAGGCCAGGAGGCCACGGACGGGGACGAGGUCUACACGAUCCCAAACGCUCUGAAGCGAAGUGACUCUCCCACCGCCGACUCAGACGCCUCAUCACUACAUGAACAGCCUCAGCAGAUUGCCAUCAAGGUGUCUGUUCACCCACAGUCCAAAAAAGAUCACGCGGAUGACCAUGAAUGUAUACAGUUUGAAGUCAAAGAUGAAGAGGAGACAGAACUGUCGGCUGAACAUUCCCCAGAAACUGCAGAGCCUUCUACUGAUAUAACAUCCACGGAGCUCACGUCGGAAGAGCCGACACCUGUUGAGGGAUCAGAGAGAGUGCUGCCGCCAGCUCACCUGGAAACUACAGAGCCCGCAGUGACACAUGACAAAAACACCUGCAUUAUUUAUGAAAGCCAUGUCUAAUAUCAACUCCGAAAAGCUAUGCAUAUCAAGAAAAUCAGGGGCUGCUCCUUGUAAUACAGAUGUAGUACGCACUUGCCGCUAAGCCUUACCAGGAGACUCUCAUCCCUUAGGUAGGAGAGAUGCCAUUUAAAGAGGGGAACCACCUGUGUGCAGCUUAUGUGACUGGAAUUUUCCCAGUAGAAAAGGAUGCAAGAAACAUCAGGGUGCAGAAUUGAUAAAACCGGACAGUAGGUGUCUAUCCAUGUGAUAUGAAUUUUUGAGGCUACUCUCUGCCAAAUACCUUAAUCGGUGAUGCCCUUUUGGCAGAGCACACUACUGUAAGAUAUUCUGAGUUCAGGAGCCCUGUCCAGUGCACACUGCGUUGCUUUCCUUUUAAAAAUUACUGGUCUGCUACUGUAGCAAAUGCACGUACCUGGGUUUGUUGCACCUUCUUCUCAGUUUUAAUUACUUUCACUGUUCCUUUAUGGUGGACUAGUUGUUAUUAUAUUAAUACUAAUUGCUCUUUCUGGCUCGGUCCUCUUUGCCACUUUCGUCCUUAUUUUUCUGUAAAACAUUUACCUCAGAGGCUUUGGUGUCAGUCAC